AUGAAGAGGCUACACCAUCAUUUAUCUUUCAUUUUCAUGAAUGUUCCCAAACUCAACAAACACCAAAACUAUGGCUACCCACUUCUUAAUAAUAUCAGGAUCAGGUUAACAUCCACUGCCACUCUUAGCUUGGAAAUGAAGCGCUGCAAUUUCUUCAUCUCAAGGCUAUGUAAAGAAGGGAAGAUCGAUGAAGCACGCAAGGUGUUUGAUGAAAUUUCUGAAAGGGAUGUUUGUUUGUGGACUACAAUGAUAAGUGGGUAUAUCAAGGGUGGCAUGAUUAAGGAAGCUAGGAAGCUGUUUGAUAGAUCGGAUGCGGAGAAGAAUGUGAUUGUUUGGACUGCUAUGGUUAGUGGGUAUGUUAAGAUGAAUCAAGUUGAGGAAGCUGAGAGGUUGUUUUAUGAGAUGCCAGUUAGGAAUGUUGUGUCUUGGAAUACUAUGAUUGAUGGGUAUGCGCGAAAUGGUCGAACUGAACAGGCUUUGGAUUUGUUUAGAAGAAUGCCCGAGAGGAAUGUGGUUUCUUGGAAUACGAUCAUGACGGCGUUGGCGCAUUCGGGGAGGAUUGAGGAUGCGCAGAGGCUUUUUGAUAAGAUGCGGGAAAGGGAUGUGGUUUCGUGGACUACUAUGGUUGCGGGUUUGUCGAGAAAUGGGAGAAUUGAUGAUGCUCGGGAACUUUUUGAUAGGAUGCCGAUUCGUAAUGUGGUUUCUUGGAAUGCAAUGAUUGCGGGUUAUGCGCAGAAUGGGAGGUUGGAUGAGGCUUUAAAGUUGUUUGAGAGGAUGCCACAGAGGGAUAUGCCUUCGUGGAAUACAAUGGUUACGGGUUUCAUUCAAAAUGGGGAAUUGAAUAGGGCGGAGAAGUUAUUUGAUGCAAUGCCACAAAAGAAUAUCAUUACUUGGACUGCUAUGAUGACAGGGUAUGUACAACAUGGUCUAAGUGAAGAAGCAUUGAAACUAUUUAACAAAAUGCAAGCUAAUGAUGGAUUAAAACCAGCCACCGGAACUUUUGUGACUGUUUUAGGUGCUUGUAGUGACUUGGCCGGUCUUAUCGAAGGACAACAAGUCCAUCAAAUGAUUAGUAAAACAGUUUUUCAGGAGAGCACACAAGUGGUAUCAGCGCUGAUAAACAUGUACUCAAAAUGUGGGGAGUUGCAUGUUGCUAGGAAGAUGUUUGACGAUGGAUUAUCCGGGCACAUGGAUCUGAUAUCUUGGAAUGGAAGGCUGAAAGAAGCUUUCAAUAUCAUUGACGGACUUGGGAAAGAGGCAUCAUUAUCUGUUUGGGGUGCACUUCUAGCUGGAUGUAACAUGCACGGGAACACUGAUAUUGGGAAACUAGUAGCUGAUAAAGUUUUGAAAAUCGAACCAGAAAAUGCAGGCACCUAUUCAUUACUCUCAAAUAUGUAUGCUUCUGUAGGGAAGUGGAAAGAAGCUGCCAAUGUUAGAAUGAAAAUGAAAGACAAAGGGUUAAAGAAGCAGCCAGGUUGUAGUUGGAUUGAAGUCGGAAAUACAGUGCAAGUAUUUGUAGUCGGUGAUAAAUCACAUUCUCAAUCUGAGGAUCUAGGGUAUUUACUUCUUGACUUACAUAUAAAAAUGAAGAAGGCCGGGGACAUGCCAGAUGAUGAUUUGUUGGUUGAUGUGGAAAUUUAA